UCCGCGGCAAUGCACGAUAUCGACCUAGCGAUCGAGCAGGGUCGGGCCGCCCCUGAGCUCUCAGUAAAAGACCAAAAGACAGCUGAUCUUGCCAACCUGGAGCUGCUCAUUAGCAGGGUUACAGAGCAGGCCUGUGAUAGUGGGCCUGGUGGUGGUGGUGUACUGAAGCAAAUCAAAGGUUUCAAUGCGUUCUUGGAGCGCACGGUGGCUGUGCUCUGAGUGGCAGAACAUACCUACCUGCCCACAGAAUCUUGUUUUCGAUCGAUACCCUCUGACUCGGCGAGGCCGGUACAUUUCAUGCUAGUCAAUUGUUGAUACCUUUACAGGACUUACCGUGUUAUCACAUCGAGUGAUUACUUUCCCGGGCUGACGAGUCUUCUCGACGGGCGCAAGCCAGCCUUCAGAGCGAAUCACAAUACGGCGUUAUUAGUUGCGAGAUGUCUGAUCGCAUGUAGCAUCAUAGUUGUCUUCAGUCCUGACUUUCGGUCACUAUC